CAUUGGGAGCUGAUUGGGCUCGCCAGCGGAAGCGUUUAGCAUCUGUGUGAUCAUUUCCACCAGGCGCAAGUAGUAACUGUUUUUGCCUCCUAUCAAUUACAAACUGCUUGAGGCUAAAUAUAAACCCUGGCGCGUUGGUUGGGAUUCGCGGGAAGAGAAUGAAGCCGUUUACGCUGUUUGUCAAUGGCGAGGAACUUCACGCGCCAGUGGAGAUGGCGAAUGCGCCACUGGCCGCGUUCCUGAAGACAACACGCUUCAAGAGCGUCAAGAUUGCGUGCGGCGAGGGCGGCUGCGGCGCUUGUACUGUGGCACUGGUGGAGCAAUCUUCGGAGGGUGGCGCGCCCUCGCUGCGUACCAUCAACUCCUGCCUGGCCCCCGUCUACUCGGUGCGCGGCAAGUCCAUCCUCACGGCGGAGGGCCUGCCGCCCGCUGCUACAGCUGCCGCGACCGCGGCCGCCACGCCUGCUACUGCCGGUGGCCCCGCCGCCUCGUCCGUAGUUGUCGAACGCCUCGCGGCCCACCACGCCAGCCAAUGCGGCUACUGCACGCCCGGCUUCGCCGUCGCCUGCCACGCCGCCUUGCACAACGCGGCCAACGGCUGUAGCGGCAGCAGCAGCAACGGCCACGCCCACAGCAACGGCAACGGCUGUAGCAGCAACGGCGGUGCUGCUGCUGCCGAGUCGGCGCCGCUGCUGGACGGGGAGGGGCUGCGGCGGGCCCUGGACGGCAAUCUGUGCCGCUGCACUGGCUACCGACCCAUCGUGUCGGCGUGCCGGAGCGUGGGCGUCGCGGACAUUGAAGACCUGGCCGGCCCGCCCGCGGCUGGUGCCGCCCUGCUACUGCCGCCACGCGCUGCUGCUGCCGCUGCUGCUACUGCCGAUGACGUGGAGGAGGUGGCGUUGGGUGCGGGCCAAGUGCUGAAGGUGCCUCGCUCCCUGGCGGCCCUAGUGGCCGAGUCCGGCCGCCUGGCUGCUGCCGCGGCCUCCGCCGCCGCCACUGGCUCCUUCUCCUCCUGGCGUCUGGUCGCGGGCCACACCGGCCCCGGCGUGUACAAGGACUGGCCGCUGGCGGAGUCGGUGCUGCUCAGCGUGAACGAGGUGCCGGAGCUGCGCCGCCUGCAGCAGACCGAUGACGGUCUGGUGGUUGGCGGCGCCGUCACACUGGAGGCGCUGGCGGCACACCUGGAUGGGAAGCUGGCGGCAGGCGGCGGCGGCGGCGGUGUGGGAAGUGUGGGAGGAGGUGUGAAGGAGUGGGCGGCGGAGACGGCCGCACACCUGCGGCGCAUCGCGGGCACGCACGUGCGCAACGCGGCUACGGUGGGCGGCAACCUGGUCCUGACAGCUGAGGCGGCGCUGCCGUCUGACGUGGCCACAUUGCUGGCGGCGGCGGGCGCGGAGGUGGAGCUGCUGCUGGUGUCCUCCGAUGCCGCCGCCCACGGCGUCAGCCGCCGUAUGCCCCUGCUCGACUUCGUCAGUGGCGGCGGCGCCGCCGCCAAGCCGGCGGCUGGCGGCUACAUCCUAACCGCCGUGCACGUGCCGCUGCCGCACCACGGCGUGCGGUUUUGGAGCCAGCGCAUCGCGGAGCGCUACAGCAACGCCGCCGCCGUCGCUAACGCCGCCGUUAGCCUGCGGCUUCAGCCGGCGGCGGAUGGCGCCGCCGCCGGCGGCGCUACAGCCAGUGUGGUGGCGGAGGCGCGCGUGGUGGUUGGCGUGCGCACGGACGCAGCAGCCGGCGGCGGCGUGGCGGCGGCGCGCAACGCGGCCAAGGAAACCGACCCAACCGUCGUGCUGCUGUACGGCUGGGAUGUACGGCGGCUAACCGCCGUCGAGGCGGCGCUGGCGGGUGCGCCGGCCACGCCCGCCGCACUGGCGGCGGCGCUGGCGGCGGCGGCGCCGGACCUCGCCGCUAUUGAUGGCGUCGACGCCGCCACUGCCGCCAUCGCGGAGGGCCUGGUCGUGCAAGGAAUCUUCGCCGCCGCCGGCGUUACAACCGCAACCGCCAACGGGGCAAAUGGCGCCGCCGCCGCCGCCGCUGACGUGGCGGCGCCGUCGCGGCUGCCGCCGCCGGAGCUUGUGGCUGGGACGCAGUCGUAUCCGGCGCCGCUGCCGGAGGUGGCGCCUGUGACGGAGCCGACGAUCAAGCUGGGCGCGAAGCUGCAGGCCACGGGUACGGCGCAGUACACGGAGGACGUGCCCGUACACAAGGGGGCGCUGUACGGCGCGUACGUCAUGGGGGCGAAGGCGGGCGCCGUACUGGAGGCCAUCGACGCCACCCCCGCACUGGCGCUGCCCGGUGCCGUACGCUUCGUCGGCGCCGCCGACCUGGAGGCGGGCGCCAACGGUUCCAACGGUUAUGGUUACACUUUCGCCAACCGUUUCGAGGCCCUGCGCCCCGGCGCGCCGCCGCCGGAGCCCAUCUUCCUGCCUGCGGGCGGGAGGGUGGAGUACGCGGGGCAGCCGGUGGGGCUGGUGCUGGCGGAGAGCGCCGCCGCCGCCCACCGCGCCGCCAAGGCCGUUCAGCUGUCCUACCGAACAGCCCCCUCCUCCUCCACCACUACCAGCACCGCCACCGCCACCAAUACCACCACCACCGACGCGCCGCCGCCGCCGACGGUGGAGCCCAUCACGCCGUUGCUUGACAUCGAGUCGGCGCUCGCCGCGCGCGCGCUGUACCCCCUGGCCGCGCUGAUGCCGUGGCUGCCCGCCGGCAAGUCCCUCGCCCCCGGGCCCAUGACCCUCGCCCCAUUCAACGGCGACGUCGACGCCCUACUGGCGGCGGCGGGCGCGCCGCCGGCGGCCGCCGCCGCCGGCCUGCCGCCGCCGCCGCCGCCUGCAGCGGAGCCGCCGGCGGACGGCGGCAGCAGCAGCGGCGAAGCCGCGGCCGCCACUGCCAAUGGCAGCAGCAGUAGCAGCAGUGGCGAUGCCAACGGCAGUAGCAGGGAGAGGAAGCUGCGGGUGGUGCGGGGUCGCUACUACACGCCAAGUCAGCUGCACGUGUACAUGGAGACGCAGAGUGCGGUGGCGGCGCCGGAGGAAGACGGCGGCAUGACCGUGCAGAGCGCGUGCCAGGGCACAGACGUCAUCCAGGGCUCGGUGGCGGCUGCUCUGGGCCUGCCGCUGUCUAAGGUGACGGCGCGCUGCCGGCGUCUGGGCGGCGCGUUCGGCGGCAAGGCCACCCUCAGCCGCCGGGUGGCGGCGGCGGCGGCGGUGGCGGCGGCAAUCACGGGGCGCCAAGUCAGGCUGCAGCUGCCCCGCAAUGCCGACAUGGUGCUCAACGGCGGGCGGGCCGACUGCCGCGUGGACUACGUGGCGGUGCUGGAGGAGCAGGUGGGGGAGGUGGAGCAGGCCGCCGCCCCCACCACGGCCGCCGCCGCCGCCGCCAGCCACGUCGGCCCGACCCGCUGGCGGCUGGCGGGGCUUGACGUGUUCGUGGCGGCGGCGGGCGGCGCCUUCCCCGACAUCGCCUGGCUGGACGCCAUGGGGCUGUGCGCCGCCGUGGACAGCCUGUACGACAUCCCGCACAUGCGCUGCGAGGUGGCCAUGGUCCGCACCAACCUGCCGCCGCGCACCGCCGUGCGGGGGCCGGGCGAGGUGAACGGCACCAUGAUCAUUGAGCAGGUCAUGGAGCACGUGGCCGCCGAGCUGGGCGUCAACCCCGAGGCCUUCCGCGCUGCCACCUUCCUCCAACUGCCGCCGUCAACCGCCGCCGCCACAACCGCUAAAACCGUCACAACCGCAACCGACAACGGUACGGCGGCGGCCGCAGCGCCGGCGGGCCCGUCGGAGGCUGACGUGGAGGCGGAGGCGGGCCCCGCCGACGCGGGGGCUGUAGCAGAGGCGUCCACCACCCAGCCUUCUUCUGCGGCUGCUGCUGCUACAGCCGCUGACGGUAGCGAUCAGAGCAAGAAGGAGGAGGAGGUGCUGGUUCUGAAGACGGCGUUCGGCAAGAAGAUCCCGGCCCCGCUGUACACGCUGCCGCGGCUGUGGCACAAGCUCAUGCGGGAAGCGGGCUGGGAGGCGAUGCAGGCCGAGGUGGACGCCUUCAACGCCGCCCACCCCUGGACCAAGCGCGGCCUGGCGGCGCUGCCGGCGCGGUAUGGCAUGCAGCGCGGCAACAAGCCCGCGUACGUCAACAUCCUGACGGACGGCACCGUACAGGUGGCGUGCCACGGCAUCGAGAUGGGGCAGGGCCUCUUUACCAAGGUGGCGCAGGUGGCCGCCGCCACGCUGUCGGAGGCGCUUCCGCCCGCCAACCGCCCCAUGGACCUCUCAAACAUUAAGAUCUGCGACAACAGCUCAGAGCUGCUUCCCAACAGCGGCGUGACGGGCGGAUCCACUAGCUCGGAGCUGGCGGCGGCGGCGGUGCGGUUGGCGUGCCUGCAGCUGGUGGACAUACUCAAGACCAAGGCGGUUCCCAAGCUCAAGGGGAAGGAGAGCUUCACCUGGAAGGAGCUGGUGGCGGCCACGAGCGGCGGCUGGGGCCCGGCGAACCAGCUGGGCGCUUUCGCCUGGGGUGGCCAGGCCGACCUACCAGAGGCCUCUGGCGCCGAGGCGGCGGCGGUGCCCACACAGACCGACUACUCGGUCAUUGGCGUGGCGGGCGCGCUGGUGGAGCUGGACGUGCUGACAGGUGAGCGGCGGGUGCUCCGAGCCGACAUCCUGUUUGACCUGGGCCGGCCGGUCAACCCCGCAGUCGACAUCGGACAGGUGGAGGGCGCGUUCGUGAUGGGUCUGGGCAUGAUGCUCAGCGAGGCCGCCUCCUACGACCAGUCGGCGGAGGAGGCGGGCGGCGGCACCGGAGCCCUGGUGCAGAACAGCACCUGGCACUACAAGCCGCCCGCCGCCGCCUGUGUGCCGGCGCAGUUCAACGUGACGCUGCUUGACGACGCACCGCUGAGCCAGGCGGGCCCCAUCAGCUCCAAGGCGUGUGGCGAGCCGCCGCUGCUGUUGUCCACAGCCGUCCUCAUGGCGCUGCAGAGGGCCACGGCGGCGGCACGUGCCGACGCGGCUGGCGGCUGCAGCGCCGACUUCGUGCCCCUGAUCGCGCCCGCCACAGUGCAGCGCGUGCGCACCGCCUGCGGCGACUGGAACGCAGCGGAGCGGCUGCAGAAGGCCGCAGCUGCGGCUGCUACUGCCAAGGCGGGCAAGUGAGAGACGGUAGCGGCAGUAGCACCUGUAGCAGGAGCAAAGCAAAGCUCCUCGCCGUGUUUGAAUGUUUGAAGCUGGUUCGGCUGUUGGCGCGUUCGUAAAGAACAUAAGAUGGACGAACAUAACAAGCUUAAGGAUUCAAUCUGAUCGGAUGAAACUGAUUGGAUUAGGGUGUCGCUUUUGGAGUUUGAGCUCGCAGCUUCACUGCAUUGUCGUAUUGGUAUUGUUGUUCGGAGCGCAGGAUUGGAGAGGGGGGUAUGCCCUGUUGCAACUUUGAGGAAUGAGGAUUGGGGCUGUUGGGGUCUUCUCCAUAGGACAGGUAGCAAGCCCCUGGAAGUCGUCAAACACGAUUGCAUGGAACGGCAAUAUCCCGCAGAGGUGGUCCCUGACUGCUUGCAUUGGUGCAAAUCUCUCCUCAUUGAUUGAGAGUUGCUGGUCCGGAUCCGGUUGGGAGAGUUGAAGGAUUGGUACGUCACGGGUACGCCACGUGUUUGGCCUGGUCUGGGGGGUCAGACGAAGAGCCACAGGCCACAGCUCACAGCUGUAACAUACCAUCCAAGGGCUCCGUAGCCCGCACCGCCGCACCGGGUUUACGUGCAAGCUCGGCAUCAAUGAUGUGACGUGGCAGAGCAAGGGUUGGCAACUCCAGAGACAGCCAAGAAUUGGACACGGCGCGCCUUUCUGCGCCUUUGCUAGUAGAUUUACGCCAGAGUAAGAUGAGUGCGCGCUACUGAGUAUGGUAUGCUGAUGCAUGGGCAGUGGCCUGGCGUGGUGCUGACGCGGCAGGGCGACGGCGUCGCGGCGGAGCCACAGGGUCCCCCGCCGUUCCGGCGGUACCGCGUCGACUCUGCGUGUGAGGCGCGGAACUGUGUCCGUCGCGUGAACCCUUCGUAAGCCCCGGAUGGGCUCCCCUGUCACUCUUGUGCAACAUAUAGUUCCAAGCACUCACAGUUGCGCUUCAUACACUCAGUCAACCGCUCAAGCACUCAAGCCCUGCCCGUGCCAUCCCAGCGUGAGUGGAUGGUCGCAAGGUUGCCACGCCAACCUAGAGCAGGGAAAUUGUUUUCGAAGGUCUUCCAUUUCAUAGUUUGACCUGCACAGCUGGUGCUCCGCGUCCGCGAUUUCG